ACCUAAGCCAUUUACAACUUCUUUUUUCUUUGUAAUUUAUUAACCCUUUUUUUUUUCUCUACAUUCACACUCAAACCUCCACCCCCACGGCGACUCUGCUCCUCCCCCACCAUCAUCAUCAUCAUCAUCUCUUGCCGUGUAUAGAACAGGAGAGUGUAGAAGGGAGUGAUCAAUGGAAAAUCGAGGCCAGAAGAGACCAGAUAAGGCUGAUGAGCUUCCGGCUGAUAAGAGAGCCUGUAGUUCAUUAGAGUUCAGGGCAAGCUCAUCGAACUCAUCAGUUCAAACCCCCCAAGAAGGCCAUGACGGUGACAUGGACACAUCAUCAUCAACUUCGGGAUCAACUCGAUCAGAUGGAGAAGGGGAACGGGACUCCUAUGGAUCUUGCGACUCUGACAACAGCUACAGGGACUAUUAUAGACGGAGAUCAUUGGGUGAUCAAAGCAAAUUCAGGAAUGUAUUGACGAGCUUGACUGAUGAGAGUGAAGAAUCAGGGCAAUUGGCUGCUCUUACUGAGCUAUGUGAAUUGCUAUCUUUUUGUACUGAUAGUUCCCUUUCAAGCUUAAUGGCAGAUUCGUUCUCUCCUGUCUUAGUUAGAUUGGCCAGGCAUGAGAGCAAUCCCGAUAUAAUGCUGUUAGCAAUCAGAGCACUGACUUACUUGUGUGAUGUUCAUCCUCGGUCUUCUGGGUUUCUCGUUAGGCAUGAUGCUGUCCCUGCUCUUUGUCAAAGAUUGAUGGCCAUUGAGUACUUAGAUGUGGCUGAACAAUGCUUGCAAGCAAUGGAGAAAAUUUCACAGGAGCAGCCACUUGCUUGUUUGCAAUCAGGGGCAAUAAUGGCUGUUUUAAACUACAUUGAUUUCUUUUCAACAAGUGUUCAGAGGGUUGCGCUUUCAACAGUUCUAAAUAUUUGUAAAAAGCUUCCCUCAGAAAAUCCCUCACCUUUCAUGGAGGCAGUUCCAAUAUUGUGUAAUCUGCUUCAAUACGAAGAUAAACAGCUUGUUGAAAGUGUGGCUAGUUGCUUGAUCAAGAUUGUGGAACAAGUUUGCCACUCUUCUGAUAUGCUUGAGGAGCUUUGUAAACAUGGACUAGUUCUACAGGCCACACAUCUGAUAGACUUGAAUAGCCGAACUACUUUAUGCCAACCGGUUUACAUUGGCUUAAUAGGGUUACUUGUUAAAAUGGCUUCUGGUUCUAUUGUGGCUGUUAAGACUCUCUUUGAUCUUAAUAUAAGCAGCAUAGUAUGUAAUAUUUUGUCCAUUCACGACCUCUCUCAUGGAAUGCCUUCAACUGCUGUGGUUGAUGGGCAACAUAAUCAGGUACAUGAAGUUCUAAAGUUAUUACAUGAGCUCCUCCCUCCAAUAGCCAAAGAACAGGAAAUCCAACCAGCCACUGAGAAGGAAUCUUUUCUCAUGAACCGCCCUGACCUUUUGCAAAAAUUUGGCAUUGAUUUACUUCCUGUUCUCCUUCAGGUGGUUAAUUCUGGUGCAAAUUUAUAUGUUUGUUAUGGCUGUCUCUCCAUUAUCAACAAGUUAGUGUAUUUCAGUAAUUCGGACAUGCUUGUUGAAUUGCUACAAGGAACCAAUCUUGCAAGCUUUUUGGCUGGGGUGUUCACUCGCAAAGAUCAUCAUGUACUGAUGCUAGCUCUUCAGAUUGUUGAUACACUUCUGCAGAAGCUCUCAGAUGUUUUCUUAAACCCCUUUGUCAAGGAAGGUGUUGUUUUUGCUGUUGAUGCACUACUUUCUCCAGAAAAAAGUUCACAGUUUAUGUUUCCAGUGUCCAAUGGUGUUCAAUUGUCAAGCGAGUCAAGUAAGACAUCAGCAGCAAGAGGUGCGCAGAGAUGCUUAUGUUUUGCUUUUGGUGUUGGCCAGUCUUCGACAAAUUCUGAAUCUGGGAGUUGCAAGCUUGAGAGAGAGACUGUUCAGAAUCUUGCACAGCAUAUUAAGAUGAAUUACUUUGCUGCAGAAUUAAUGAAUCCUGAGAAAGGAUUAACUGACGUUCUUCAGAAGCUGAGAACUUUAUCCUCUGCAUUGACAGAUCUGGUCAAUAAAUAUUUGAAUGAUGUUGACGAUUCUUAUUCUCAACAUGAAUCAGACUUUUAUGGUUUGCUGCAUCAGAUCAUGUCACAGCUGAAUGGGAAAAACCCCAUUUCCACUUUUGAGUUUAUUGAGAGUGGAAUAGUGAAAUCUGUAGUUAAUUAUUUAUCUAAUGGUCAAUAUCUUAUUGGCAAGACUGAAAACGUCGGUGCACUUUUCUGGCAGUAUAGUAUUGAGAAGAGAUUUGAAGUGUUCGGAAGAUUACUUUUGUCUUCCUCAGACCCAUCAUUUGAGGACUUACCUUUUCUAUCUCUAAUACAUCAAUUGCAAAGUGCACUGUCAUCGGUGGAAAAUUUCCCUGUUAUCUCAAGCCACACUUCCAGGCUGCGGAACUCAUAUGCUACUGUACCAUAUGGACGUUGUACCUCAUACCCAUGUCUUAAAGUUCAGUUUGUCAAAGGAGAGGGGGAGACAGACCUGUGUGAUUAUUUGAAGGAUGUUGUGAAUGUUGAUCCGUUUUCAUCUUUGGACACAAUUGAAGGAUACCUUAGCCCAAAAGUGAGAAAUAAAAAAACUCAGCGUUCAAAAUCACCCUCUCAAGCUAUGGAGGAGGAAGGAUCAGCCUCACAGGUGUCACCUGAUCUGAGCCCUUCGCAAGUACAAACUCCAGAUGCUAUAGAAUUAGACAGCAUACGUUUUGAUGUGAAUCAAGUUCAGCUUCCCAAGAGAGAGGGCCAUGACAUAGCUUCAUCUGCCCCAGUGGAAAUAGCAAAUACAGAGCAGGCCAAUACUGAACCAAUGGAUAUAACUGAUGUUCAUAUGGAGUCUUUGGGGCAGAGACAGUUGCGUCUGUCUGAAGAAAAUAGUAUCAUUACGGAGUGUCCUCAAUGCAGUAAUGAGGAAGGCUCGUCAAUGAAAUUGUUAUUCUACUUGGAAGGGAAGAAACUAAACAAUACCUUAACGUUAUAUCAAGCUAUACUUCAGCAGCAAAUUGAAGCAGAAAAUGAUGCAAUUACUAAUGCAAAGGUUUGGAAUCAAGUCCACAGAAUAACAUACAAGUCAUCUGUGAGGGGAAAACAAAGUUGUGCCCAGAAGUGUAAUCACGAGACUCAUCAUUCAGCUUUACAUGACAAGCAUACACCAUGGCAACAAUACACUCCAUUUUUCUCUAACACCUUUGCCUCGGCAGUGGUUGAUAUAGAUAGAUCCAAUCCAACUUAUGAUAUUUUGUCUCUCCUUAGAAGUUUGGAACAGAUGAACAGGUUCAGAUUUCAUCUAAUAUCUCGUGAACGAGUAUAUGCUUUUGCAGAAGAGAGGACCAAUGACCUGGAUAGUUUGAAGUUUGAUUACUUUUUUGUCCCUCAAGCUGAAUUUGUGAACAACAAAUUAACUGACAAACUAGAACAGCAAAUGCGGGAUCCUUUUGCUGUAUCUGUUGGUGGCAUGCCUUAUUGGUGUACCCAAUUAAUGGAUUCAUGUCCCUUUUUGUUUGGUUUUGAGGCAAGAUGUAAGUAUUUCCGUCUGGCAAUAUUGGGUAACCAGCCAGUUCAGCAACCUCAAUUACCAUCUAAUAAUAGUGGAGGCCUGAAUCGUAGGCAGCCACCCAAUGGAGGUUUCCCACGUAAAAGGUUUUUGGUUCACCGAGACAAGAUUCUGGAUUCUGCUUCCCAGAUGAUGGACCUCUAUGCUAGCCAAAAGGUUGUAAUUGAGGUGGAAUACAGCGAAGAGGUGGGUACUGGUCUUGGUCCAACCUUGGAAUUUUAUACAUUGGUCAGUCAUGAGUUUCAAAAAAGUGGUCUUGGUAUGUGGAGAGGUGACUGUAUGUCAAGUGGCAACAUUAGUUUAGUGGAUGAUGCCCAUGGAAGUCUUUCGUUUGCUUUUGGCCUAUUCCCUCGCCCAUGGUCACAAUCUGUGAGUGCCUUGGGUAAAAUUGAGUUUUCUGAAGUGCUUAAAAAGUUUGUCCUUCUGGGCCAAAUUGUCGCAAAAUCUCUUCAAGAUGGCAGGGUUCUGGAUCUUCCUUUUUCCAAAGCAUUUUACAAACUUAUUCUUGGGAAGGAGCUCAGUAUAUAUGAUAUCCAGUCGUUUGACCCUGAAUUAGGAAGGACUCUUCUGGAAUUUCAUGCUCUUGUUGAGAGAAAAAAACAUGUAGAAUCUCUACGUGAGAGAAAAUCAACUCUAAUGCCUGAACUAUACUUCCGGAAUACCAAAAUUGAGGAUCUUUGCCUUGACUUCUCUCUUCCUGGCUAUCCAGACUACAUCCUCACUUCUACUCCUGAUUCAGAAACGGUGGAUUUGUCCUACUUAGAGGAGUAUGUUUCGCUCAUCGUGAAUGCCAGCAUAGGUUCUGGAGUUUCCAGACAGGUGGAAUCUUUCAAGUCUGGUUUUGAUCAGGUUUUCCCUAUCAAGCAUCUUCAAAUAUUCAGUGAAGAGGAACUAGAGCGUUUACUGUGCGGAGAACGUGAAAUUUGGAAUUCGAACGAGCUUGUUGAUCAUAUCAAAUUUGAUCAUGGAUACACUGCCAGCAGCUCUCCUGCUAUGAAUUUAUUGGAAAUCAUACAAGAAUUCAAUAUUGAAAAGCAGAGAGCUUUCCUACAGUUUGUGACUGGAGCACCUAGGCUGCCUCCGGGCGGCUUGGCAUCUCUCAACCCCAAGUUAACAAUUGUUCGAAAGAAGUGCAGCAAAUGGGCCGAUGAUGACCUCCCUAGCGUGAUGACAUGCGCCAAUUAUCUGAAGCUGCCACCUUACACUACUAAAGAGAUAAUGAAAGAGAAGCUGUUAUAUGCCAUAACCGAGGGGCAGGGUUCUUUCUACCUCUCGUAAUUAUCUCAGGCAAGCAGGUAUAUAAUGUGAAUACGUAGUUAGCAGAUGCAGAUUAGGCGAUGGUACUGGUGUACAUAUGAUGACUACGGUGGCCUAGAGGGGAGGAGUGGUUCUGGCUUUUGGAUCUGACUGGAGAAGAACUGAAGAAGAAGAAGAAGAUGGAAAGAGGUUUGACUGUUACAACACAUUCUGGGGUGUGUACAGAUGGUAUGGAAUGUGGUUUAGUGGAUAGAUAUACCCAGUUUGAAAGUGAAACCCAAAACUUUUUCCCUGUUUUUUAGUUUUAAGCUUAUUAGCAUUUCUAGUUUUCUAUGGUUUCCUCCUUGUGUAGAAAACACUUUUAUGGUCUUUGAUAUAUUGAAUCAUUUCGUUC